AUGUAUGCCACAUCCAAAUUAAUUAUUCCACCCAAACCUGCAAGGGAUACACCUUUUAUUCCGAAGUUAAGGAUUCGCCUGCGUCACUCACCUAGUAGUCAUUGUGGUGGUCGUGACCAGGGUUACAAUGUCACACACAAUGAAUCUCCACAUUUAAUUGGAAAUUUCGGUGAUCAUGAUUCAUUUCAUACAAACAUUGAGUCUUUGGUGGGUGUUUGCUCUUUUUCAAUGUUGAGAAAUACUGCUCAAAAAGGUCCGCAUCCCAACUCUAUUACUAAGCUAAGCAAAUCACGACAAAGACAGUUGUCUGGGUUUACUCCAGGAUGUACGAUUAGGAGACCCACAAGCAAGAGGAAACAGUCAUCUGCGUUUGUAGAUACACUAGAUCUAGAGAAUCCUGAUUCACUAUUGACGAAGGUUAACCUAAAGUUGCUCAUUAACAGGGAGACAUUUCAUUCUCUUCCUUUGGAUGUCCAGCAGAUGCUGUGUCAACUUUUACCAUUGUUUGAUCAUUGCAGAGAGAUGUCUCUUAAUAAUUCUGUUUUAAUCGAUGAAAAUGAUUAUAGUCCAUCACUUUCUUUAUCUUCGGGGAUUGAGUCAUCUGAGCAGUCAAAUACUGUAUGGUUACAUCCUACUGCCCUCAACAACGAAUUUUUUACAAAAGCCCUCCAAGACUUUUCUGAUCGCCAAGCUAAAGGUGAAUUCACCCCACGUAUUCGUAACCGAGCUGGUCUACGAGCCCAUGUAGGCAACCGGUAUAGAUACACCUCUUCCAGUGAUUUGCUUCAAUCAAAUACAAACAAUAAUAUAAAAAAAACGUUUGUUCAUGAAAUACGUACUAAGAAAUCGUCUGGUCAAACAAAUUCACGUCGUUCAUCCCGAUCAAAACCAAAGAAUUUCAAUUGUAACGCACCCGACAACGAUUUUCAUCAUCCAUCAAUUUUUACCAAUUCACCACCAGUUGAUGCCUCUCUUAUUUCUUCAACACAUUCUGUUUCUGGUUUAUCUGUUAAGAAUUCCCAAAGCAAAAGAAAUCGAAGCACAAAACUUUCAUAUUUGCAGAGUGAUGGUAACAAUGAAUCUAUGAUAGUCUGCUCCCCUUCACCAAUACAACCAAGAGAAAGAUUGAAAGAGAAGUUAGAAUGUUCUAUGGAAUCCAACGACAUUGAGUGUGAAGGCAUUAUUCAGAAUAAAACUUCGGAUUUGUCAGAACUCUGCCCUUUUCCUCUGGAUGAUACUCUAAAUAACAGUAUACCCAGCUCGGGCAAAUCAUUUUAUCCAGCUGAUCUGGAAAACAGUGAAUUCACAGAUUCUGUUUGUUGUUUAUCAGAUAGAAAUCGUGAUGAUCGUUCUCUGUCAUUGAGUCCUGCUUACAACGGGCCUUUAGUUUCACCUUCAUCUGUAGGGGAUUCAAAUAAAGGUUUGAAACUUUGUGAUAAGACCCUUGAGUCGGAAGAACUUAAGUUAACAGAUUCUCCAAACAUGAAGCCAACUCAUGCACGGCGACUUUCACUGGAUUCAAAGCUAGUGAGUCCCUGUCCUAACAGACAAAAUAGCACCAGUAAUUCUUCACGUUCUGCGCGGCCAUCACGUUCUUCCAAUUCCACUAGUUCUUGUGGGUCACCGUCUAUGCCUCCACCUCGACAAACAAAGACGUUGGCUGCCAUGAGAGAGAAGCUACGGGCAAAACGUAUGUUAAAGGAAUCUGAACGCAGUAUGAUGGGCCAGCGUUUUUAUGGUUUGCCGGGCAGUAUGACUCCACAUCCUUCGAGUGGUUCAAGUGGGUAUUUCCAGAAUCGCAAUUACCCUACCUCUAUCAAUUUUGUCUCUUUGAGCGAAACCGAAAAUAAGCAGUCACCGUCUAUUUCUUCACCUUCACUCAGAACUCCUAUCUCGCCAUCAGCAAAUGACAGAAGUGUUCAUUCUGUUAACGUGUCAUCUUUGCAAAGUGAAACUCAAGAGUUAACUAGACCUAAUUUGGCAUCUGAAAGCCCUUGUUCCCCACUUUCUGCUCCCAGUAUUAAUGUCAUGUCUCCACUACUUUCUGUAAACAACGUCUCUUCAGAAAACAUUACUACUAACAAUAACAACCUCGAUAACUACAAUUACUGCUCUAGUAGUUUCGCUCAGUCCUAUCCGUCUUCUCCUCAUCUGUCAAACUCGAAUGCUAGCAUUGUUCUACAACAUUCAGUUUUUUCACAGUUGCCUAGUCCAGUGCAUCCCACUAAAACUCAUCGUUUCGAACAGAGUGUUUCUGCACCACCUACUCCCUCUAAUGUUCAGUCAGGGCAGAAUUUUACAAAUUAUCUACAUCAACCAGGGCAUUCUUCUUCAUCUUUAGGACCAUGUUCUAGCUCUUCCGCUCCUUUACACACGUCUCAAGUAAGUCCAACUGCGUCUUUUGGUUCAUACCCAUCUCCAGUGUUUGGCAGUAAAUCCUCAGUACCUUCCAGUGUUCGACCUAGCAUUUCUGAUUCAUACUCUUCACAAAUCUUAACUCACCCAAUUUCAGGUAGCUGUCCUACGAGUAGCAUAAGUUCUGUAGUCUCAGAAGCUAUAGUACCGUCAAAUUCAUUUUGUCAAGCUCUCCCUGUUCUUAUGGAACCUACAACUUGCCCAGUUCAAGCAACUGUAAAAUCUGUUCCAUCUCUGGACACCAUCUCUAUCAGCCCUUUGACAUCUGUUUCUAGUGUUACCAAACUACUUACUUCUAAUUCACACCAAAGUCGCUCUUCCACAACAACCCGCGCUUUCUUUGUUGAUGGCGAUAAUUUAUCUGAAGCCGUCGCGUUCCUCCAGAGCUUAAAUCCAAAAGCUACAAUUACUCAACAACAGUUUUUGCUCAUCCCUGGUGCAAAUAAAUCUCAAAUGAUUUUGUGCAGAGCACCUGUAACCUGUUCAUCCGAAAUCAUAUCUUCUGUUUCAAUGCAAACAUCAGUUUCUGUCUCACGUGCUAAUUUAACUUCUUGGUCCAAAAACGUGUCUCAUAUAACAACUUCGAGUACAACAAGUGUGGGAAGCACACAUAUUACUGUUUCUACGUCUUUUGUUCCAAACGACGUUUCACUACCGACAGGCGUUACGGAGAGGAACUCCACAUCAUGUAGUACAUCAUAUUUUGAACCCUACCGAUCCAACAACUUUUAUGCAACCCAGUGCAGUAGUGACAGUUCAUUUCCGAAAUUGAUGAAAACUUCAGAACUACAAAUUCCUCGUUCCCUAGUUUAUUCAAAAUCACUUAAUGUUUCUUCAUCAAAUGAGUCAUCAUCUCCUCUCAAUAUCCUAAUUUCUCAUCCUAAAGCAUUGGAAGCCAGCAGUGAGUGUACACCCCUACUUCAAGUUGUAAAAUCGGUUUCCUCUCCUUCCAAAGUAGCUAUCCCAUCGUCUGCUAAUUCUGUUUCAUGCUCAUCUCGCACAUCGGUUCCUACUGUUCUUAAUUACAAGCAACCUGUGUCCCAUUCACAGCUUAAUGUCUCGUUGUUAACCCCUGGACCUUCCGUAAUAAAUAAUGAAGUCCCCAUACUUUUUGUCCAGGAUCGCAACCAACAUCCUAUAAGAUCCCAGACCCCAACUCGAUCUGUCAACUGGGUUCAGCGCAGUUCAUUCGAUCAGUAUACGGAUAUUACCGAUCGAUCGACCAUCAGUUUGCCCAUUUUGUCUACUGCAACUGUGAUAACAACACAUGCAAACAACACCGGUGAAUUUCGUUGUUUUUCUCAUCCAGUAGCUCGAUCUGGACCAUCCAUGCAACUUUCUAACAAUGGUUCUGUCUCCAGUCACUUUGGUUUCCAACCAAUUCAAUCUGUGCAACCGUCUAACCCUGCAGGAAAAUCUUUGGAUUGUACUCCAUUCUUAUCCGGUCCCACAGCAACUAUUAUGUCUCCAUGCCUACCUGCUGUCAUACUUUCACAUCCUAUAACAAUUCAAUCAACUAGUAAUAUCACCCCCUCCCAACAGAACAUUUUUAACCGAUCUCUGCCCUAAGCAAGAUACUAAAGAAUUUAAUUGAUUUUCCUAAAUAAUUAUUUAUCAGUUACUUAGUUGAUCACUUAUCAAAUGGGAAUACUCGGAUAGUAUAUGUUUUGUAUACAUUAGGAAGCAGUUUAGUGAUUUUGCGGAACUCGAACAUGAAUUUCAAGUUUUUUUCCUAGAGCUUGUUAGUUUCCGUUUAUUAUUGUGUUCCUACGAAUAAUAGCACCAUUAAAACUUAGUUACGGUGUAUCACUUUUGCAUUACUUUCUUUCAGUCACAUUGGGAUGCAUUCUUUUCCGUUUUCAUUUGAAACCAGUUUAUACCCAUUUGUUGCUAGGUUACUAUUGUCAUUUCAG